AUGGCAUCCUCACCUUCCGUUUCCACGACACAGAAAGAUGCCGUUUGCACUCAAAACGACUCAACCCAGAAGACCCAACAGCCAUUACAAGUUGCAAAGCGUUUGGAGAAGUUCAAAACGACAAUCUUCACACAGAUGAGUUCACUUGCCAUCAAACAUGGAGCGAUAAACCUUGGCCAAGGCUUUCCCAACUUUGAUGGUCCUGAGUUUGUCAAAGAAGCAGCCAUCCAAGCUAUUAAAGAUGGAAAGAACCAAUAUGCACGUGGAUAUGGGGUUCCAGACUUCAACUCUGCCAUUGCUGAGCGAUUCAAGAAAGAUACCGGGCUUGUGGUGGACCCUGAGAAAGAAAUUACUGUUACAUCUGGGUGCACCGAAGCGAUAGCUGCAACUAUGCUUGGCUUGAUAAAUCCUGGUGAUGAAGUUAUCCUCUUUGCUCCUUUUUAUGAUUCAUAUGAAGCAACAUUAUCCAUGGCUGGUGCCAAAAUAAAGGGCAUCACAUUGCGCCCUCCAUAUUUUGCUGUACCUAUUGAUGAACUUAAAUCAGCCAUCACAAAGAAUACUCGUGCAAUUCUCAUCAACACUCCGCAUAAUCCCACUGGAAAGAUGUUUUCUAGGGAGGAGCUUAGUGCUAUUGCAUCGCUCUGCAUUGAGAAUGAUGUGCUAGUUUUUGCUGAUGAAGUUUAUGAUAAAUUGGCUUUUGAAAUGGAUCACAUAUCUAUGGCCUCUGUUCCCGGAAUGUACGAAUGGACUGUGACUUUGAAUUCCUUAGGGAAGACAUUCUCCUUAACAGGGUGGAAGAUUGGCUGGGCAAUAGCACCUCCUCACUUGACAUGGGGAGUGCGGCAGGCACACUCUUUCCUUACUUUUGCUACCUCCACUCCUAUGCAGUGGGCUGCUGCAGUUGCCCUCAGAGCCCCAGAAUCCUACUAUGUUGAGCUAAAGAGGGAUUAUAUGGCAAAGAAGGAAAUUUUGGUCGAGGGGUUGAAGGCUGUUGGUUUCAAAGUAUUUCCAUCAAGUGGGACUUACUUUGUGGUUGUUGAUCACACCCCUUUCGGCCAGGAGAAUGAUAUUGCAUUUUGUGAGUAUCUGAUCAAGGAAGUCGGUGUCGUAGCAAUCCCAACAAGCGUAUUUUACUUGAACCCGGAAGAUGGAAAGAAUUUGGUGAGAUUCACCUUCUGCAAAGAUGAAGAAACUCUGAAGGCUGCAGUUGAGAGGAUGAAGGAGAAGCUGAAGAUAAAAUGA